AUGAAGUGGGGGACUGCAGGCUCGCUGCUUGCGCUCUUCGUAUCGACAACAACAGGCUGGCCCUAUGAAGCAUCCUUGGUUGACUAUAACCUCAAUGUAAACCAAACUGCGACUAGCCCUUUCGACUACUCGCCACCAACAUGGCCGGGUCACAACUAUACGGCCUCGCCAAAGAACUGGCGGUUUCCGUUCUACACGAUCAUGCUGGACCGUUGGGUGAAUGGUGAUCCUACCAAUGAUAAUAUCAACGGAACUCUUUUCGAACAUGACCUCAACUCGAAUCAGAUGCGUCAUGGGGGUGACGCAGUGGGGUUGGUCGAUACGUUGGAUUAUCUACAAGGCAUGGGGAUCAAGGGUAUCUACCUCGCAGGUACUGUCCUGAUGAACCAGCCUUGGGGUGCGGAUGGCUACUCAAUUUUGGACACCACUCUUCUCGAUCAGCAUUACGGAACUAUUCAGAUAUGGAGGAACACGAUAGACGAGAUUCACAGACGCGGGAUGUAUGUCCUAUUUGAUAAUACGGUUGCAACCAUGGGAGAUUUGAUUGGCUUCGAAGGUUAUCUCAAUGUGACAACCCCAUUCUCAGUCAAGGAGUACAAGACCCUGUGGAAAUCGAAUCGUGAAUAUGUCGACUUUCGCCCCGGUAAUAGCUACAACGAAACCUGUGAUUACCCGCGCUUCUGGAACGAGACUGGCUAUCCAGUGGACGACUCCGUCUACAAGGAGCUUGUUGGGUGUUACGACAGUGAUUUCGACCAAUACGGCGACCUCGAAGCCUUCGGUGUCUAUCCGGACUGGCAGCGUGAGCUGACCAAAUUCGCUUCAGUCCAGGAUCGUUUGCGCGAGUGGCAUCCCAGUGUCCGGGACAGAAUCAAGCUCCAUUCCUGCAAUAUCAUCAAGGCUCUUGAUAUCGACGGCUUUCGGUACGAUAAGGCCACACAAGCCACCGUGGAUGCUCUGGCAGACAUCUCCAACACUUAUCGGGAAUGCGCUCGCAGUGUCGGGAAGGAAAACUUCUUUUUGCCUGGCGAAAUUACUGGUGGAAAUAACUUUGGUUCGGUUUACCUUGGCCGUGGCAGACAGCCCAACCAAUACCCGGCAUCUGCGAUGGAUGCCAUCAACAUGACGAACCAGUCUUCUUCAAAGUACUUCUUGCGCGAACCGGAACUUGAAGCAAUUGACGGUGCUGCCUUUCAUUAUUCGGUCUAUCGCACCCUUACCCGCUUUUUGGGCAUGAGUGGUAAUCUGGCUGCGGGCUAUGAUACUCCGUUGGAUUGGGUGGACGCUUGGAAUGUCAUGAUGCAAACCAACGAUUUGAUCAACGCAAACACCGGAAAAUUCGACCCCAGACACAUGUACGGAGUCACGAAUCAGGAUGUUUUCCGUUGGCCUGCCAUUGAAUGGGGUGUCGAGCGAAACCUCUUGGGAAUCUUCAUUACGACACUGCAAAUGCCUGGCAUCCCGCUUCUGCUUUGGGGAGAAGAGCAAGGCUCUUACAUUCUAGAUGCCACUGCAGAUAACUAUGUCUAUGGCCGUCAAGCAAUGUCGCCUGCUACAGCAUGGAAGACCCAUGGAUGCUCUGCUAUCGACGAUACCCAAUAUUACGACUGGCCGAUCACCAAAGGUCGGGAGGGCUGUAAUGAUAUUACCGUGACUUACGAUCACCGUGAUCCAUCUCACCCCAUCCGCAACAUCAUCAAGCAUAUGUAUCAGAUGCGGAAGAACUAUCCUAUCUUGAAUGACGGGUAUUCGCUACAGACCCUAUCCAAGCAAACAACGAACAUCCUCUAUCCAGGUUCAUAUGGCGUGGAAACCGAAACUGGAAUGUGGUCCAUCUUGCGAGACCGGGUCUCAAGUGUCCAGGACCUGGGCUCUGACGAGGACAACCAGUCUGUGUGGUUGGUUUAUCAGAAUGACAACAAGACUGUCGAGUACACGUUUGACUGCGGAAGUAACGCAAGUGCUUUGAUCGCCCCAUUUCCCACAGGGACCACCGUCAAGAACUUGUUCUAUCCUUUUGAUGAGCACACAUUGAAGGACAGCCCAAAGAGACUCCACCUGAACGGCUCCAAGGAACUUAAUGGAUGCCUUGACAGUCUCACACUGAAGGCCUUUGAUUACAGAGCAUACAUCCCCAAGGCUCGAUUUGUUGGCCCUUCACCCAUGAUCACCAAAUUCACACCCGGCCAUGACGUACCCCUCCUUUCUUCGGUUGCGGUUGAUGAGGCAGAGGACAUUGAUGUGAGCAUCGAAUUCUCUACAAAAAUGGACUGUGACUCCGUCACACAGUCUAUUACGCUUACGUCGCAAACGGAGUCUGGUAAAACGCCUUCUAUCGACAAAGGAAGUGUCAGCUGCAAAAGUCUCACUGUUGCUUCCAACGACACGCAGUACAUUGGUCAAAUCCCAAGUGCCUGGGCGUGGUCCGCAAAGCUGACCGGGGUGUACAAUGGAGUCCACAAAUUGACUGUCAAGAAUGCCACCAGCUCUGAUAAGAAGGACUCUACGGCGGCCGUGGAUCACUUUCUGUUUCGCGUCGGUCAAAGUGACAAUCCGAUAGUGUUUACCACUGCCAAUUACUCCACCAGCAUUCUGCACCAAUACGAUAAUGGAACACUCUACGUUCAGCACAAGGCAGCUGGGGCCAACAAGUACCGUUACUCAACAAACUGGGGAACCACGUUUUCGGGGUGGCUCAACUACACCGGCGGUAAUGACACCAUUGAGGAGUUGCCUUGGUCCGGUACAGAAAAGCAACGGUGGAAGGGCAAACAUGUGCGAGUCGAAUACUGGAGCCAACUGACCGGCAGCAGCGACUAUGUCCAAGAGGGUGAUUAUGACUGGAAUGGGCCCAAGAGACGCUUCCCGCACUUUUUCUUCAAUGGCCCUUAUAACCAGUACGGUUUUGACGCUGGUUUGGAUAAUGUUGUGAAGCAAGACAGUGAAGGUUACUGGAACUUCAAGGUCGUGGCUGAGUACCCAGCACAAGGUCAAUUCAACGUCUGGGGCAUGGAUCCAAAUGGGCAGCCAGAUGAGUCGUUUGUCUUCGGUGAUGUGGACGGUGAUGGAGUCUUGGAUCGCAUGCCUCCUUCAUCGCUUAGCAAACUGUCUGUCAACAUCACGAAGAUCCCCCCAUACCCAUACCUCGUUUGGAACGUUCAUCUGGAUGAUGGAAAUAUGCGGCUUAAUCUCGAGCCCACUGGUUCUCGGAUUGUCCAACUAAUCGUGUAUAUCCUCCUGUGGCUGGUACCGAUCGUGACGGCUGCAGCUUGCGUCUACGCCUUCAUGAAGUCGUUCUAUCAAGUGAAGUUCAACCAGGUCGGAGUGGUCGAAAAGAAAUCCUUUUUUGCAGCAAUCUUUGGCAAGCGGAGCCGCGACGGUCAAUCCACGAAUGCCCUGGUACGCUUGGCUAACAGGUCAGGAUUCCUUCAGAGUACGUCUGCCUUCGGCGUAGGAGCAGCACGGAAGAGGACGACACUUAUUGCGACCAUGGAAUAUGACAUCGAAGACUGGGGCAUCAAAAUCAAGAUUGGUGGCUUAGGUGUUAUGGCCCAGCUAAUGGGGAAGCACCUGGGACAGCAAAACCUCAUCUGGGUUGUUCCAUGUGUUGGUGGAGUGGACUACCCGGUUGACCAGCCUGCCGAAUCGAUGUAUGUCACAGUCCUUGGCGAUCAGUACGAGGUCAAGAUUCAGUAUCACGUUGUGAAGAACAUCACUUAUGUUCUGCUGGACGCUCCGGUUUUCCGCCAACAAUCAAAGGCCGAGCCUUACCCUGCUCGCAUGGAUGAUCUGGACAGUGCGAUCUACUACUCUGCGUGGAACCAGUGUAUCGCCGAAGCGAUCAGACGUUUCCAAAUCGAUCUGUAUCACAUCAAUGACUACCAUGGGUCUAUUGCUCCUCUGUACCUCUUGCCCCAAACAAUUCCGGUCUGCCUUUCGCUUCACAAUGCUGAGUUCCAGGGACUUUGGCCCAUGCGCACUCAGAAGGAGAGAGAUGAGGUCUGCUCAGUCUUCAAUCUCGACACUGGCACCGCAAGGCGCUACGUCCAGUUUGGUGAGGUCUUCAAUAUGCUUCAUGCCGGAGCAAGCUACCUCCGUAUCCAUCAACAAGGGUUCGGAGCCGUUGGUGUUUCCAGGAAAUACGGCAAACGCACAUAUGCACGUUAUCCUAUCUUCUGGGGUCUGAAGAAGGUAGGCAACUUGCCGAACCCUGAUCCCUCUGAUACCGGAGAAUGGAACAAGGAGCUGCCAAAGGAGAGUGAGAUUCAGGUUGAUCCGCUUUACGAAGCUAGCAGAGCAGAGCUGAAACGGCAAGCGCAAGAAUGGGCCGGCUUGGAACAAAAUCCCAAUGCAGACCUGUUGGUCUUUGUGGGCCGUUGGUCCAUGCAAAAAGGCGUGGACCUUAUUGCUGAUGUGAUGCCUGCUGUUUUGGAAGCACGUCCCAACGUACAACUGAUCUGCGUUGGUCCAGUCAUUGACCUUUAUGGUAAAUUUGCUGCAUUAAAACUGGACCGCAUGAUGAAGGCCUACCCUGGGCGUGUCUUCUCAAAGCCGGAAUUUACAGCCCUCCCACCGUACAUUUUCUCUGGAGCCGAGUUUGCAUUGAUUCCAUCGCGCGAUGAGCCAUUUGGGCUUGUUGCUGUUGAGUUCGGCCGAAAGGGUGCCCUGGGUAUUGGUGCACGUGUUGGUGGCCUUGGUCAAAUGCCUGGCUGGUGGUAUAACAUCGAAUCCACAACGACGUCUCACCUUUUGCACCAGUUCAAACUUGCUAUUGGAAGUGCCUUGAACUCCAAGCCUCAAGUUCGGGCGAAGAUGCGGGCUCGGUCUGCCAAGCAGCGAUUCCCAGUCGCUCAGUGGGUUGAGGACCUAGAGAUCCUCCAGUCCACUGCAAUGCGGAUCCACACCAAAGGGCUAGGAAAAUCGAACAGCCAGCCGCUAUCGCCCUCAGGAUACGACACCCCAAGCGGAAUGAUGACCCCUACAAUUGCAUCCUCGGGACACCUCACUCCCAGUGGAGUACAGACGCCCCCCAUCGCGCACUCUCGAGACGGAAGCUACUCAAAUGUCCGCCUUAGCACAUUGGGACCACAGCAGCGAAACACCAUCGUAUACAGCCGACCUCCGACUCCUGGCGCCAACGAAACCCCCAAGUCAGGACUAGGCAGGCAUCUAUCACUUGGUGUGCGAUCUGGACCAGGCCACAGCGUACGUCGCGGCCGCCGCCGUCUGAGAAAUAGUAUGGGUCAUGAAGAGAGUGCCAACGCGUCAAACACUGAGGAGAGUAGCGACGACGAUAUCAUGCACAACGGCUACUCUGGUGAGGAUGAGUACACACUUACUCCUGAACAAGCGGAAGAAGGCCGUCGGAUGGAAGCAGCGCAUCAUCUGGAUACCCAAAGACAACCCCCAGCCAGAGACUUCUUUAGCGUGAGACACGCAAGCCAGAGCUCACUGCCGCCCAGAUCUGUGCUCUCUCCAGGCUCCCCUGGAAGCCCCGAGCCCGAAGAGGCUUAUGUGUCACCCGCAAGACCCUUUCCCAACGAACCUGGAAACCGCAUGAGCAACGCAUCGGUGCUUUCGGUUGACUCCAUCAUUGGUGAGAAGAAAGAUUUCAAGUUACAAAAAGUCGAUCCCUUCUUCACGGACAGCACCGGUGAAUACUACCGAGCUUUUGAGAAGAAAUUGGAGGCUUUGAACGGCCACAACUCCGAAUCACAACUCUGUAUUGAAGAGUACUUGGUCAAGAGCGAGAAGAAGUGGUUUGGUAAGUUCCGGGAUGCCAGACUUGGCCGCAAUCAGUCCCCAGCUUCUUCGAUCUUCCACGGUAAGCUCGAAAACAGUUCGCCCAUGGGCUCAGAUUCCAAUGUCAAUAUGGGUUCGCGGGAAAGCGGAAGCGAGGAACAACGAGAGAAGGAUGAGUUUCUUCUGGGUAACGACUAUGUUCCCCCCACUGGACUCAGGAAAUGGAUGCAAAUCCGAAUCGGCGAUUGGCCGGUGUAUUCACUCUUCCUUGGCCUUGGGCAAAUCAUCGCGGCCAAUUCCUACCAAAUCACUCUACUGACUGGCGAAGUGGGUGAAACGGCGACAAAACUCUAUGGAAUCGCGACUGUGUACCUGGUCGCUUCGAUCGUCUGGUGGUUCUUCUUCCGUUUCUUCAAGUCGGUGUUUGUCCUUUCACUUCCUUGGCUUCUAUACGGACUGUCGUUCGUUAUCAUCGGAGUCGCUCACUUCGAAGGUAACACUUUCGCUCGCGGCUGGAUUCAAAAUGUUGGUGCGGGCGUGUACGCUGCAGCAUCAGCCAGUGGAUCCCUGUUCUUUGCCCUCAACUUUGGCGACGAGGGCGGAGCUCCUGUCAAACAGUGGGUGUUCCGCGCGUGUCUGAUCCAGGGUAGUCAACAGGCCUACGUGAUUGGACUAUGGUACUGGGGCACAAGCAUCUCCCAGGCGGUCCAGAAUGGAAACACCAACGUUCAAGCGGGUAUUACGGAAACGUGGAAGAUGACGGCUAUUUGCCUGCCCAUUGCAGCCUUCCUCUGGGUCAUCGGGCUCUUGAUCUUCUUCGGUUUGCCAAGCUACUAUCACCAGACACCCGGAAAAGUCCCUUCAUUCUACAAGUCGGUGUUCCGGCGCAAGAUCAUCCUCUGGAACUUUGUGGUUGUUAUCUUACAAAACUUCUUCCUGAGCGCGCCAUAUGGCCGGAACUGGAGCUUCCUCUGGAACUCAGCACAUGCAAAAGCCUGGGAAGUUGGAAUUCUCUGUGUCGUCUUUUUCGGCUUCGUUUGGGCUGCGUGGUUGGGCUUGUUCGGAUACCUCUCCAAACGCCAUAGUUGGAUUCUCCCCGUCUUCGCCUGUGGUUUGGGUGCCCCCCGGUGGGCCCAGAUAUGGUGGGGUGUCUCCGGCAUAGGGCUCUUCCUCCCCUGGGCAGGUGGCUAUACCUCGGGGGCCCUUGCCUCCCGCAGUUUAUGGCUGUGGCUUGGAGUCCUGGACUCCCUGCAGGGCGUCGGGUUCGGUAUGAUUCUACUCCAGACGCUGACUAGGAUGCACAUUUGCUUCACACUUCUGGCAUCACAAGUGCUGGGUUCGAUUGCAACAAUAUGUGCAAGGGCAUUCGGGCCGAACAAAAUCGGACCCGGACCCGUAUCCCCGGAUAUCUCGGUAGAAGUAGGCGGCCUGGCGAAUGCUUGGUUCUGGCUUGCUCUCUUUUUCCAAUUACUCAUUUGUGCUGGAUUCCUGAUGUUCUUCCGAAAAGAACAACUCACAAAGCCUUAAUCCGGCUUCAUUCUCACUACUUGGCUCGACCAUUAAAGGCUGAGUCUAAUUCACGAUAAUUUAAGACUGAAGAGGGGACGAACAGUUUCAACACACCAUCUACACUCACAUAUGCACGCCUUGUAUAUUACCAUCCAUCCUCUCUCUCAUCGGCACGACCGGUUGCAUUGCAUUGCAUCAUACCACAUUCACGUAUAUAUACCUGCGUGAUUUUAUCGUUCUUUCUAUUUUGGCUACGAAGUCUCUGCAUUCUUUAACGACCCGGAUGUGUUUACGCUCGUUUGAUACCACGCCUGCAAUUUGGGUACACGAUUAUGGGCUAUUGAUUGAUUGCUGUUAUGAGUCUGAUCCCAUGGGAGGAUGAUCUGCUUGUUUUGGAUUGAUGAUGCGUUUUAUAAUAUAUUUCUGGGGUUCUUUAUACUUUGUUUGGUUUUGCUGUUGGUUGCUAUACUUUUGAUGUCAUUGAUUG